AUGCCUAUACGGGUCGUAGAUUGUGUGGAAGAGAGUGAUUCCGCCCGUUUCUUCCUGUAUCAGUGGAAAAGGACGACACCGGAAUGCUGUUUCUCACGAAGUCCUCAACUGCAGCACGCCACACUUGCGCCGCCUCCCGCCUGCGAUUCGUCCGAAUGGGUAUUCGACGAAUCGCAGGCGGGCCGAGUUGGAGCGCAUACUUUGCGCAUUGCAACACAAGCCGCAAUUGCAAGGGAUCAGGAAUCGGCUCUCAAUGCUUCUGGGUUCCAGCUAUUCAUCAGCAUAUGCGGCUUUGCAUGUGACCCACCUUUCGGUCCGCGUCCAUGA